CGCACACACGUGUGGAAAUUAUCUGUUUUCUUGAUAAAAGCUGCUUCUAAUUCACUUUUUUCGGCUUAGAAAAAGUUUUAUCUUCUGUUGGACUCUACCUCAAAAUGGCGAAAAGUUUAAGGAGCAAGCACAAGAGAAAGAUGAGGGCGAUCAAACGACAGAAGAAUGCACCCAAAGAGUUGGAAAAGUUGAAAAAAAUAUUAGGUCGAGAAGCGCAGCAAGAUGUUGAAAUGAAAGAACUCUAUACAGUUACUGAUGCGAAAACAAUGGUAGAGAAAUCAAAAGAUGGGAUGGAUGUCGAUAAAGAAGCUUCCAAGUAUAACCCAAAGACAAUGAAAGAUGAAAAUGGGCAGUACCCGCCUUGGAUGAACCAGAGGAAAAUCAAGAAUCACAAGAUGAAGUUGAAGAAGAAGACUAAUUCUGGACCAAAAAAGAAACGAGGGAGAAAAGGACAGGCAUGGUGACCAGGGGAUUCGUUGUUUUUAUCUGGAUUGGAAAUCUUUGAUAUUGAGGACUAGGAAAUUAUCUUCAAUGACGAGUACUGUUGGGAAAACUUGUAAGAAAAUUACAUGGACUGAAUGACUUUUAGAAAAUGCUAGUCCAUUGUAAAGGAACAUUGA